GGCAGGCGCACAUAUGUAUUUGUACAGUAGAGACACAGGUGCGAACUUCUAGCUGGCCGUCUUCGAGGCAGAGAGGGGACUGUCCCUCUGAUCUAUCCCUUGCGCAUGAGUGCUCUGAUACAAAGGUACCGUCUGCACCGCUCUGUGUGCUUGAGAGGUAGUCGGGGUGACUUGCCUGUGGAUGACGGCGGCACACGCACGCGUCGCACGAGUCGCGGGAGUCGGGCAUGGACCCAUCGCUCUCGAAAGUGCACGCAGUCUAAAUGGUAGUGCCAGGCGCACCAGUCAGAUCAUCGAGAGAGCGAGCAUCGGUAUCGGCAUCGACAAAUGGACGCAGCGGACCGGGGCUCGCGCAUCGUCGUGCUCUCGCCCUGGGCACAGACGCAUGCGCACCUGGCGCACCCGCAACUCGUCGCCCUCGUCCAGUCCAUUGUGGCGCAGGACGAGCACGAGGACGGCGAGGCGGCGAUUGCAUGGACGAUCUCGAACCGGUACUACACGGCCGAGGUGCACUUUGAGGUGCUUGCCUGCCAGCUGUUCCACACGCGCGCAGGCGCAGGCGCAGCGACGCAGCUGUCGUCGAGGCGUGUCAAGGGCGUGCCCAGUCGAGAUCGGCCGCCAGACGAUGAUGAGUCCGAAGACGGCGGGGAAGGCGAAGAAGAGGAGGAAGAGCAAAAAGAAGAAAGAGAAGACGAUGCGGCGCUGCAGGCGCGUGUCAGGGAUGUGUUUGAGGCACUCGACCGGCCGGCAGGCGGGGCAGCGCGGGUGCGAGCGACGCCCGGCGCCAUCGAUGACGAGGCGGUGCGGCACAUCGCCACGCACCUCGAUGGCGUCGAUGCUGUCGUGCUCGUCGUGGACCGCAGCCAGCCGUACAGCGAGCACGAGAAGCUGCUGGCCGCCCUCGAGCAGAGCGACCUCGGCCUCUCGGGCUUCGACCUCGCCGUCAGCCUCGUCGUUGCGCUUCCCCCGCCGCUUCGCCCACUGGAGCCUGCCUCUUCCUUGGACGACUAUGGCCCAGGCCCCUCGACGCGAGCCUCUGCAGGCCCUGCCGAGCAGGUCCUCGACCUCUAUACGGGCCACGGCUGGGAAUUUGUCGACCUCCUCGACGACGACGACAACGACGAUCUCCUCUCGGCACUCUCUGGCUCUGACCCUGGCUCCGAUGCUGAACCUGGGACGAUUGAAGAAGAAGAGGAAGAGGAGGCAGGAGCAGCCGAGGAAAAGGGCCUGGAGCGCGUGAGGGAGGCACUCAUGACGCAUACAUGGCCCAACCUCGUGCGCAAAGACGGCGACGAGGCGCGGGCCGCACGCAGUGCCCGCCUGGCCCAGGUCCGCAGCGAGGCAGGCCAGCAGCCCCGGGCACCUGCACCCGGCGGCGCAAACGGCUUCUCCGACUGGCACGGCGGCGAUGGCCUCGACGGUGACGAAGACGAAGAUGAAUUCCAAGACGACCCAUUGGAUGUCUUUGACCUGGCCAGACUGCCGGGGCAGGGCGAUGCUGGAGCUGAGCCGACGGCGCAGGACGAGGCCCUCGCGCGGGCCUUUCUCGACCGCAUCAACGACGCCCAACGAGCAGGCCUCUUUGCGCAGCAGCCGCCUUCCUCCGCUGCUGCUGCUGCUACGGUGGGCAGUGGAGGUGGUCAGCACAGAGACGUGCAUCAGGAGCUCGAGGACUUUCUGGCGAGCGAGGAUCCGGCCUGGCCGGGGCUUGCCUCGGCGCAGAGCACGACUGCGGCUGCGACUACGACCAGGGCUACGGCCACGGCUACGGCCAGCAGUACCGCAGAAGCGUGGCCAAAGAGUGGUGCAGCGGAGCAGGAUGGUGCCGACGCCUUCGAUGACGACUUUUCAGACUUUGUCAGCGGCCAAGCUCAGCACGAGGGCGAGGACAAGGAUGGGGAGCUCCUUUCAAGUCACGGUCAAGCUUCGUCCGCGAUGACCACAGCACCAGGCGGACCGGGCAUUGAAUUCGAAGCAACGCUGAGUGCAGUGCAGGCCCAGGCCGAGCGGGUCAGAUCAAUUGCAGACCCCGAGAAGCGGCGCGAAAAGGCAGCAGAGGUGUCGCUCGCCUUUGCUCAGAUGGUCCUCGGUGGUGCGCCUCCUUCGCCGUCGUCGUCGCCUCUUGAGGACUGAGAGAGGAGAAAAACUCCCGUGUCCCGAAAAGCCCAAAAAUUUAAUCUUUUUUCUUCUCCAUCUCUCUCGCACGCUCGCGCGUCAGAAGGAGCUGCUCUGUCGGAGAAGAAGAGCAAACAUGGU